AUGACAAGCCAGUGGGACCCAGACUACUGGGGCCCAGCCUCGUCCGCGCCCACCGCCACGCUCGACACACAAGCUGCGGCCAGUCGCUCCGCAAAGCCAUCUUACGCCACAGCCUACGCAUCUUACGACAACGACUCGCUCCCCGUCACGCCAGACGUAGUCGCAAAUCCAUGGAACACCUCCUUGCUCUGGUCCGCAGGCAUCGUCGAUAAUCGCGACCCGCGCUCCAACUUUUGGCCCAUCGCAAACUGGCGCAACUUUUCCAUCCCCUCCAACAUCAACACUGCGCCCAUCCAGUACUACUAUUCCACCUCCAACGAAGGCGAUAGCGUCAACUUUGUAUUCACCGGCCACGGCCUCUCUGUCCUCGACUAUCGCGGCCCCUCGCGCGGUGAAUACAACCUCACCAUCGACAACACAUCCACCGUCAUCAUCAAUGCCUAUUCGGCCAACGACGAACUCGCAGCCGCCACCGGUUCCCAAUUGCCCCCCGUCAUCUGGACAUCCGACACCUUGUCCGAGGGCACCCACUCCGUCGUCAUGUCCAACAUCCAUGACGCUACAGACAUGCAAUUCUGGGGCAUCGUCAUCAACCCCAACAACUACGUCCCCGGCAAGUCGUUCCUCCACUUGGCCUCCAACGUAAAGACCAUCAUCAUCGCAUCCACCGUCACUGCUUCCGUCAUGCUCCUCAUCUUUGCCAUCGCCGCUUCACUCUUCUACUACUGCAAGCUCGUUCGUCCGCGCAGACGUCUCCAGUCCCAGAUGGAUGCAGAGCGCAAGGAUCUCUCGCUGCUUCCACACUCCAACUCAUCCUCCACCGCCAACUCCUCCUCCCGAUCCCAGCUGCGUCUCGACACCGCCUUCCUCUCCAGCCAGGGCGACCUCGGCAGAGUACCCAGCCGCGUCACUGCCACCACCAACGAGUCCCAGUACUGGCUCCAGCCCGAAAUCCACCACUCCCUCACUCCGGACACAUCCACAAGACCCUCCAACAGGGUACAUGCGCUCUUCCAGGAAGUCACGCCCAUCUCGCCCACCCUCUCGUCACCUUCAUCCCCCACGGCCAACACACCGGCCACCGAACUCGAUUCCUCGGCAACCGCGUACUCGACAAGCUUCGGCUGCGAGCCACUCUCGCCCAUCUCCCCCUCCAACGCAUACGCCACCGCACAAUCUCCGGCCCAACAUCGCAGCUUUUGGGAUGCAGGCCACCAACACUCCCAAGCCGCUCGCCCUCACCACGCGCGAGGCUCGUCCACAGCAGCCGAUCCGUUUCAGGACUCGCACGGCGUCUCCUUGUCUCCUACAUCCAUGACGAGAUCAGCCUCCCGGCGCCCGCUCCCCACACCGCCCACGGCCAUGAACCCUGUCAGCCCAGUCACUUUGCCCAUGCCGCCCGCCGUGCCCCCGAGACCCGAUCAGACCAAUGCGGCAGCGCACAUCCCCACCAGCCCCGCCACUUCCUUGUUGGGUCCCGCCGUACCGCCCAGGCCCAUCACAUCCGCCGAGCGCGAGUCCUCCCGCUACCGCGUCGAACAGGACGCCUGCUCCAUUCACUUUUCCGACACCGGCCUCUUUGACGACCACACGGGCGAAACUCUUUUGCCGCCGCCAUACGCACCCAGGGACAUGGGACGCCACUUUACGUGA